UGCAGAAUGAAACACACCCCGAGUUCCAGGCGCGUGCACGCGAACAGGUAAAUUGGAACGGACAGGGUUCCAGUGACCCGGAGGGGAUGAUUAAAGCUCUCUCUCUCUCUCUCUCGGUGAAGCUGCGCCCAUGAGCGGGUUCCCGGGCGCCCCGGGGGGACACUUGCGCACCUCCUCACGGGACUGGGGGCUGAGUGAUGCGCGCGCGGACCUGAUGGACACACACGGCAUGCUGCUGGGCCUCCCUGAGGAUGAGGAUGAGGAUGCUCCCUACUCGGACCCGGACUAUCUGGACCCCAACUACACGAACGGUGACGAGCCGGCGGCGAGGACGCGCCCGAGCACGCGCAGCCGGUCCGGAGAGGUGACGGAGCUCGAGGCGCAGGAAGUGCGCUGGUUCUACAGAGAGGACAAGAGGAACUGGAAGCCCUUCGUGGGUCACGACUCUCUGAAGAUCGAGCUGGCUUACCGGAGCCUGUGCGCGCGCGAGGGCGUGUCCGAGCCGGAGGCCAGUGCGCGCGCGGAGCCGGUGUGUGUGCGCGGAGGACUGUACGAGGUGGACGUGAAGGAGAAGGAGUGUUACCCGGUCUACUGGAACCAGCAGGAACGGAUCCCGGUGAUGAGAGCUCAGUGGUUUACAGACGGGACGUGGCUGCCGCUGGACGAGGAGGACGGAGACCUGAUAGAGCUGGAGCAUUUAUCCAAAUUUAGGGGACAUCGAAUAGAAGAUUCCCUCGAAACAGAGGGUGUGGCUACGGGGCCGGAGAGCAAGGAGGUGGUGCACAGUGUGAAGCUGAGCCGCAGUCAUGUAGACUGGCACAGUGUGGAUGAAGUUUAUCUGUACAGCGACGCCACAACGUCCAAAAUCGCUCGCACCGUCACACAGAAACUCGGCUUCUCCAAGGCCUCCAGCAGUGGGACACGUCUCCAUCGUGGUUAUGUGGAGGAGGCAGCUCUGGAAGACACGCCCCCUGCCGCCACCCACAUUGUGUUCGUGGUGCACGGGAUUGGUCAGAAAAUGGACCAGGGGCGGAUCAUCAGGAACACCAGCAUGAUGCGUGACGCUGCGAGGAAAAUGGCGGAGAAACAUUUUUCAGACAGAACGACGGAGCACGUGGAGUUCCUCCCUGUGGAGUGGAGAUCCAAGCUCUCUCUGGAUGGAGACACAGUGGACACCAUCACGCCUGAUAAAGUGCGAGGACUGAGGGACAUGUUGAACAGCAGCGCGAUGGAUAUCAUGUACUACACCAGUCCACUGUACAGGGAUGAGAUAACGCGAGGUCUGACCUCGGAGCUGAAUCGUCUCUACACACUCUUCUGUUCCCGUAACCCCGAGUUCGAGGAGAAGGGCAGAGUGUCUAUCGUCUCACACUCGCUCGGCUGCGUCAUCACCUACGACAUCAUCACUGGCUGGGACCCCGUUCUCUUACAUCAUCAGGAAGCGCCGGUUGCCAUGGAGACGGAGCCUCUGUGGCGCAGCAGCCGUGAACAGAGACUGAUGGAGGAGCUUCAGCUCACACGCAUGAGGUUGAGGGAUUUGGAGGAUCAGUUUCAGAGCCUGAAGUCCUCGAUGAAUUCUCCAGUGUUAAAAUUCAAGGUGGAGAACUUUUUCUGCAUGGGUUCUCCUCUGGCCGUGUUCUUGGCUCUGCGUGGGGUUCGUCCCGGUUCCUGCAGAACUCAGAACCACAUCCUGUCUCGCUCCAUCUGUACCCGACUCUUCAACAUCUUCCACCCCACAGACCCAGUGGCGUACAGACUGGAGCCUCUGAUCCUCAAACACUACAGUAACAUCACUCCUGUGCAGAUACACUGGUACAACACCAGCAGCCCCACCCCGUAUGAUGACAUGCGUCCAGUGUUUCUGACUCCUUUGAAAGAGGGCGUGUCUCUGUCAGAGGGUGAAAACACACCGAGUCCCUGUACGUCCCCCCCACAGCAGCGCCGAAUGGGAGAGUCCAUCACCAACCUGGGGAGGGCGAGCAUCAUGGGAGCGGCAAGCAUCGGUAAAGGUAUUGGUGGAAUCCUGUUUUCCCGUUUCUCCCGUUCGAGUGGACAGGUGGGUGGCGCUGAAGAGGAGCCAAUCAACUCAGAGGUGGGGCCAUAUGAGACAGAGGGAGGGGCUAUCGGUGAGGAGGGUGGGGUUACAACUACAGAAGCAGAGGACAAAAUGGAGGAGAAGAUGGAGCAAGAGAACGGCAUGUCCCAGUCCACGUCCUCCGUCAUGGACAGCUCUACACUCUUGGAGCUGGAUCGGCGUAUUGACUUUGAGCUGAGGGAGGGGCUGGUGGAGAGCCGCUAUUGGUCAGCGGUGACGUCACACACAGGAUAUUGGUGCUCGUACGACGUGGCUCUGUUUCUGCUGACGUUUAUGUACAGAGAGGACACGGCCCACGGAGAUGGGGAGGACACUGCUGAGUCAUAA